GGCUCCACUGUUCGUCAUCGCGUUUUUUCCAGCGUCCUCCUGCGUAUGCAUGUGUAUGCGACCGACGGGCUGAUUUCAUAACGUGGGGAGGAAGAGAGGAAUGGGGCUUUGAGAACGAAUGAGCACCAGACCCGGUAGGCUCUAUGCACCAACAGUGUUAAGGCUAUCUCUGUUCCCGGGCCAUGCACACGGUGCGCUAGAGGAGAUGCGGUAGUGGAGGCUGCUGAUGCUGCUGUCCGAUCAGCUGUUAUUUGUGUCUUGAGCAUCAUCGCCGCGACGGCCAGAGAAAUCGAGAUCAAGCUCCGGAGCCAGCGACACCGCAGACCGGAUAACAGAGGAGGAUGGAGUUCAAGCAUCUGGUGGAGGCGGCGGAGAAGUGGUGCUCCGGAAACCCGUUCGACCUCAUCUUCGCCGAGGAGGACGACGAGAGGCGGCUGGACUUUUACGCAGAGCCCGGCGUCUCCUUCUACGUGCUGUGUCCCGGCGGCACCGACAGUUUCCAUGUGUGGAGCGAGAGUGAGGACUGCCUUCCCUUUCUACAGCUGGCCCAGGACUACAUCUCCUCCUGCGGGAAGAAGACUCUUCUGGAGGUGCUGGAGAAGGUCUUCACGUCCUUCAGGCCUCUGCUGGGUCUUCCAGACUUAGACGACGACAGUUUUGAGCAUUACCACACUGACAUGGAGGGGGAACCAGGGGCCGACCAACAGCAGAUGGGGGUCAGCCAGCAGUGAUGAGCCCCGAGAAAAGACCUGCAGCCGGGGCAGAGCUGCUUGUGAGCCCUGGGCCUCGACUCAUCAGCCCAAAACACUUAACAACACACUCUUAUCCAAACACACACACAUACACACACACACACACUCAUACUUUCAGUCAACUUGCUAAAAAUGCACCACCAUGUUCUUGAAUGUCUCAGUGGCUUUGCUUCCCAAAGAGUGCACUCUGUUGCACUUUGUUGACCCCCUACUAAACACAGACGCAUACACACACACACACACACAUUAGGGCUACGUGAGCUGUAGCCAUGUACAAUGCAAGAAUCAUAAUCAUUCACCAUUUGGUUAGUUAAAGUUCCACAGCACAGCAAUAUUACAUCGGCCUCAGCUGGCUUUGUUAUGCAGAAAUACAGUCAGAUGUUACUGCAAUACGCACUUCCCCCCGUGGCUUUGGAGAUGAAUGUGACAGAUAACCCACUUUCUCUGUCUGUCUGUUGACACAGCGGAUACACCAGAGCUAGAUUAAAGAUGAAUGGGUGAAAACUGACGGUUUGUGGCAGCGUGAGGCAACCGGAGUGACGCAAAGGAGGCAAGAGAGACAAGAGAGGCAAGGAAGGAGGGAGAGCGGUAGAAGUUUCCAUCUCAUGGAGGGAGAGAAGGAGGGAACUGAGGAGAGGGGAUGUAAGGUGGUGGGUAGAUUCAGGUGGGGCCACACUCAGACUAUCCUGUUUUACACACACCAUUAAAAUAGUUGAAUAGGCUACAGUCAAAAGCAUUUCACACAUUCGCUCCUCAUGUGGAAAUCAAAGCGUGCAGCUUUACAGUAGCAUGGAUCGUAUUUUGAAGGUGUGUUUGUUAGUGUUUCCAAGAAUUAACAGUCGCAUUAUGAGGACGUUUUUAAUGUGUUACUAUCAUAUGACCAUCACAACAAAGGCUCAUGCUGCAGCUUAAGCCCUUCCUGGUUUGGGUGUCUCAUUGUCACAUGACACCCUUAGUUCUUCUGUCCUGUAGUCUUCCUAGUUGCUGGUGGUUCACUUUGCCCUCAAUUGUCAGCACAAUCUGAUGAGAUACCCUCCUAAAUUUGGCCCAGUUCUCUUUUUGAGUGUGUUGUUUUGGAUUUAUCUGCUUCUCUCGCGGUUUUCCCUGUAAACAUAAAUUUAUAAAGUGCACACCCAAACCCCUGAGUGACAUAACAGGGAAGAGAAAAUAUUUGUUGUCAGCCACCCUCCACCUCCCCCUGUUAUUUCUAAUCUGACAGUGUGUUGUUGUAUGUCACAUCCAGUGCACUGCAAUGCUUCCACCCCGCCCCCGCCCUCCUCAACAACUCGAUCCACUUGCAAGACUGUAUCAGAUUUAUCUUUAUCCUUAGCCCGGUUACUUUGGCUUGUAAAUGUUUUGUCUUUUUAUUGCCUCUUUGAAUGUUUCUCAUGCAGUGUAUCUUCCGUUUGCCCUCUGAUGUGUGUGAAAUUGUUCAAUAAACCGUGUGAACUGAGCGUUCAA